AUGACCUCUCCGCACUGCGGGUUUCUGUUUGGCUCUGCGGACAAUGGAAGCGGCGAUUCUGUUGUGCUUGAGCGGCUGCACCUAGCAACCAGAGGCGCCGGUGACUGGGAGUCGUUGGCGCGAACGCUGGGCGAAUAUCGCUGCAGUCGCCGCUUUCUGACUGAGGGAUCUACGCUAGUAGUGAGGCGAACUAAACGUAGCUUCGCGACUCUUGCGCGUGCUUUCUCAGGGGUUACGUCAACGGAUGGCAACGACGUUGUGUCUGAUGUGCAUCGCAGGGGUCUGCUAUCGCACAAGGGAGACUCUGGCUCUUCUUUCUCUCUGACCGAUGGAUCAAUUGACGAGGAUGACUCGGGGGAUCCCAGGGUUUCCCAGAGCGUGGAUGAGCCAGCUGCCGAUGCUGGAAAACAUCUUCAAUCUUCCCGCGGUAGCGACGCCGUGAGGGAUUCUUCUAAUGCACGGGGAAGUGACGCUCAUUCGGAGCAUGCACAACGUCCCCAUAGCACUGGGGCAUCAACAGCGUUUUACAACGUUUGUAGUGCCGCGUACGAACUAACCAGGUCCUUCUCCUGCAGAGAACCCCCAGCAUCGGCGGGCGAUAGCAUAGAGUAUGUUGUGGUCAAGUGCGAGCCUUCCGGUGGAUACAUAGGCAAGAAUACGGUGCUAUAUACCGACGAAAGAUUGCCGGUUUUGAGUCGGGUGGAUCUCCUGUGGGACGUGGAAAAUGAGUCACAUGUCCAGCGUUGUGUCGGCCACUUAUUAGGGUCGCACCACUCUGCAACGUUGACGAGGGCGAGUUUGUUGCAACAGGAACGUAUAUUCGGACCUUAUAAAGUGGAAUCCAUUGGUACGGCAUCCAAGGCUAGUUGCGUUCGCAAGACGAUCUUUCUCAACCGCUCUGACGAGCCCAGGGCUGAUGACACUACUCACUCGCAUGGCUCUACCAUGCAGACCCUUAGUGCCACAGAAAAUCUAUUUCGAAACAUGUUCAGUUCCGUGUUGAUGGGGACGCUAUCAUCGGACUUCCUGGUGUUUUACCCCGGCCGGACUCUGACCGUGCGGGACCUCAGGAUGUUCGUGUCUCGUACGGUCCCGUGUACUCGUCCAGGAAUUAUAGGGCCAUCAACGAAGAUAUACUUGGGCGUGGACACCGUGGGAGAGUGCGCCGCAGUGUCGGUGGCACCCCUGCGAGACACGCUGCCAACGACAUACGAGUACAACCUGCUCAAGGAUUGUAUCGAACCGUACUUUCGCGGCCGCAGGUCGCGAACGUUUCAAGUGGAUGACGUGUUCCGAUUCGGCGGAGUGCAGUUUCGCGUGGUGGGUUUCGAGCACCACUGUGAGGAGCCUCCGCUUUUCCUCGAUUUUGACUUGAUGAGUCCCUUCGCUAGGCGUGGAAGUUGCGGCCGUGUUGGCGCGCGUUCGGCCAUAAAGGUUGCAGAUCCCGUUGACCCCCGGCUGACCGACUUGUUGUCUGCGGAGCAGCUUCGCCACCUCAGGCGCUGUGCACCUAACCAGAGAGAGCUGCUAAUGUUUAAGUUGGCCUCUCAGCUCGACGCUGAUUCCAUCGGACGUCUGUACGGAGACGGCGAUGAUGCGCAACGGAGAGUUCCGCUUGAACGGCUUGAAACCUCCUAUUCGGGUUACCACCCGAUCAUGCCGUCCACGCUUGCCGAUAUGGUUCAUCAGUACAACAUAGGGGACACGUCCGCCGCGACGGUCACUCCGAUCUCUGGGGGGUACGACCAGAUGUGUACCGUCUGUUGCGAAGCAAUCGAUACGACCCGUAUUUCAGAGAUAUUCACUUACGCAUGCGGGCAUGUGUUUCACAAGAAGUGUGCGAGGGAAUGGAUAAACAUGUGUGGAACGUCGUGCCCUAACUGCCGUCAUUGCAGUAUGCAGAUGUCGGCUCGAUGUGACACCGGUGAUGCUUACGUGUUCCACACGCUCUCCGACUGCGACAACACGGAAAUCUCGGACAACUGCGGCGAUUCAGUAAACCACGAAAGCGGCAGCUCUUCCGGUGCAUCGGAGUUGCUGCAGUGGUUUAAUUCCCAAGAGGUAUAA